GAGCUUUCUCGCUGUUUUCGUAAUAAUCGAUUCAGGGUUUGGAGCAUUUUUGAGUGUUCAUAGCUCUCGGAAUAAACGAAUAUAAUGUCAGACCAAGACGAUACUUUACUGGAUGAAGAUCUUGGGGAUGAAGAAUAUGACCUUGGUAAUGAUGAGGAAGAGGCACUUCUGGCAGAUGACUGUGAUAUUGAUAGGCAGAAUAGCUAUAAGGGAGAAGAGGAAACCGAUGACGUACUGGAUUUAGGAGUCACGGAUGCACUUGAUGAUUUAGAUGGCGAAGAAGAAAAUGUUGAGUUUAGAAAUCAAACUGAUAACUAUAAUCAAAAUCAUUGUUAUAAUGAUCCAAAUACCAAUUGUCAUUAUAAUUAUUAUGAACAAGAAGAACAUGAACAGUAUAAAGAAGAUCAUACUCAACGAUUUCAAAAUAAUCCUGCUAAUUUAGAAGCGAAUGUUAAGAAUCCAUUAGCAACUGGAGAUUUGCGUGAAAAAUUACAGAAGAAUGUUCAACGCAUUAUCCCUAAAGGAGAUAAAAUGGAGGAUGACGAUCCUGAAGAAGCCACGGAAAGGAGAAAUCGGUUUCAAAAUGAAAGGACAAUAAUUUCACCAAAGAUGAACAACAAGAUUCCGGACUCGUUGGAGAACGUGGUCACUGCAGAACAAGUACGACCUGCAUUCAGAGGUCGAGGACGAGGUCGAGCCUCUAGAGCACGAGGUGGUAGAUUUAGUGUUCAAACUAAUUACAAUCCAAGAUUCAGUGGCAGAGGUCCUGCUUACGAAGAACAAAAUCCACAAUUUAGACCUCUUGUAGCUGAGACACGUCCACCACUAUUUCCAAAUGGACCACCAAAUAUGAUCAAUUUACCAAUAAUGUAUCCACAGGGACAUCCAGUUCCACCUCCGCCUCCACCUCGCUUUCAGCAAUUCUCUCAGGGCCCUCCGCGACCAAUAGGACAGCAUUUUAAUGAGCCAGGAGUUCAAGUAUUAUUCAAUCAAUUCCCAGGAGUUGCUCAAGGUUCAAGAAUGUCAAAUCCUAGAAUGGACUUUAGGCCAAGAGCUCCUGGACCUAGAUUUCAUACUCCACCUAAUCAGCCUGCAUUUAUACAAUCGCAACCACCUCACUUUCAACCUCCACGGCUACCUCAUGGUCCAGAAGGUAUAAUGCCAUCUAAUAACCAUGAGCCAUUAAUCUCAGGAGCCCAGAGUGGAUCAUCGCUUCUUGGGUUGGGUCCGCAUUUACCUAGUGGUCAUCCUCCUAGAGCUCAAGGUCCACCCAUGCAUUCAGGCCAUCCAGGACACCCACAAGAUCGCCCGAAUGGAUUGAUGCCACCGAAUUAUUCUCGUCCAUCAGGACCAAAUCAUGGACCACCAAUGCCUAAUCAUUCAAAUGCACCAGCGAACACUCAACCGAAUUUUGAAAACCGUGUGCCAUUUCAAGGUCCUCGAUUUGAAGGGGCCAAUAUGUAUAAUGUGCGUCCACCAUUUAACAAUCCGCCGACUCAAUUUAAUAAUCCUGUACCAGCUGGAAUUCAACCUCAAGUACCAACGGUUUCCGGUCCACCGCUCCCACAAGGCCAUAAAAUUCUUAUUAAUCCUCACUUUAGAGGUAACCCACAGCCUCCUGAUGGCCGAUCAUCAUGGAAUGGUACACCCCAAAUUCCUAAUGAACAGUUCGCGCAUCCUUCAACGUCUUAUCAAAAUCAAAACAUGUAUAAUCAACCAUCUAAUAAUCCAUCUAUAAAUCAAGAUUAUCAAAAUAAUUAUUCGCAAACCAAAAAUGAUGAUCCUUAUGCUUAUUUCUCCGAUGUUUGGCAAGAAAAUAAAACAUCAAAACCAAGAAGUCUUAGUCCUUCAUUGAAAUCCUUAUUAGGAGAUAGUAAUUAUUCUCGAGAGAGUGGCUACAAAGAUUACGAUAGUAAAUAUAAAUCUGAUAGUCGAGACAAUUAUCAUGAGGAUCAAAAAUAUCGAGAUCGAAGUCCACCACCGUCGCGGUCGAGAGAAUACUCACAAAAAUCUCGAUCACAUCAAUCGAGUAAUUCUUAUCAUAAUGAUUCUUAUGAUGAUUAUAAACCAUCAAGUUCUUCAAGUAGAUCAUCAGCAAGAACAGUACAAAAACGUAGCCCUGAACCAGUUGAUAAAUCAUCUAAAGAUGUUAGCCCUAAACGAAGUAAACUUGGUAGUAGAAAUCACCCAGAUGAUUCGACAAAAACUGCAUCAAAUGAACACUCAAAAAAUACAGUGGAAGAAGAAUUAGAUCCAGAAAUGAAAGAAUAUCAGAGAAAACUUGAGGAACAAAAACGCCUUCGGGAAAAGAUUUUACAAGAAAAAGAAAAUAGGCGAAAACAAGCUGCUAUGGGAAAACAGAUAGAAGAUUCGAAAGAUCAAAAAGUUGUUGCUGAUACUCAACAAAAUAAUAAAUUAACUACUAGUUGUGGAAAUAAAGAUGCAACAAUAGAAAAAACCAGCCAAACAACAACUGCUCGUGGAAAGACUUGUUCAAGUAGUGCACUCAUUACCGAGGAUGGAGAAAAAGUUACUAGAAUUGUCCGUACAAUUCUUACAACAGAUAAAGAUAAGAAAAAUGAAGAAUUAAUGAAUAAUAAUCAACUUGAAGGACAAAAAAAGUCAUUUGCUCAACAAUCAAGUAAUCGUCGAGUUGUUAUUCAGAAACCUUUAUCAAAUACACAACGAAUAGUUACAAUUUCUAAAACUAAUACAAAUCUUCAGAAAUCUCCAUCAUCUAAAUCACAAAAUUCAUUACAAAAUGUACCGAAUAAAACAACAAUUAUUUCAAAGAGUACAGCAAAUAGUAGUUCCAAGAAUGUUGUAAAAGAAGUUGCUAAGACUCUUCGUAAAGUUAUUGUGAGCAACGAAAACUCAACUAAUCCUAAAAAAAUUAUUUCAACUAGUCAGAAUAAUCAAAGGAUUGUUGUACAGAAUAAUUCUAAACUCAAUACUGUCAUUGUUGAAAACUUAGCUGCUAGUACUACUGAAGCACGAAUCCGUCGAAUGUGUGUAGGAAUUGGAAAAAUUGAGAGUAUAACAAUGGGUGAUAGUACGGCAACGAUAGUUUUCAAAACACACUCAGCAGCAAUGGUAUUUCAGAAAAAGUACGAACGGAAGAUGAUUGAUUUAUCAAUGAUAAAUGUACGACUUGUUUCUCAAACUAAUCUUAAUCAAUCCACAAAUGUUACUAUUAAAAAAUAGUAAUUAUUUUUGUCUUAUACAAGAACAAUAUAUUUUUUUCUUAGUUAUUAAAAAAUACAUGCAUUAAUAUACGUUAUUAUAAGAAUAUUCUCUUACUAAUUUUGCAGUGUAUUUAAUCGCUAGAAUUUAAAAAAAAAAUCCAUUAAUUUGUAUAUAUAUAUAAUGCAUUUUGGCAUGAA